AUGUUCAUUUGGGACUUCUUCUCCGGUGUGUUGGGCUUCUUAGGUCUAUGGAAAAAGAGUGGGAAACUGCUGUUCCUGGGACUGGACAACGCCGGCAAGACUACACUCCUUCAUAUGCUUAAGGAUGACCGGAUGGCACAACACGUCCCCACUCUUCACCCCACAUCGGAAGAGUUGUCGAUCGGGAACAUCCGGUUCACGACCUUUGAUUUGGGAGGUCAUCAUCAGGCGAGGCGUGUCUGGAAGGACUACUUCCCCGCUGUGGACGCCAUUGUCUUUCUGAUCGACGCGUGCGAUAGAGAAAGGUUUCCCGAAUCCAAAGUUGAAUUAGAUAGUCUAUUAACGGACGAACAGUUGGCUAACUGUCCGGUUCUUAUAUUAGGCAACAAAAUAGACAGACCGGGCGCUGCCGGCGAGGACGAGAUCCGCUCCUAUUUUGGAUUACACGGACAGACCACAGGAAAGGGCAAACUCGCGCGCUCUGAACUACCCGGUCGUCCACUAGAGCUGUACAUGUGUUCUGUCCUCAAACGACAGGGAUAUGGCGAGGGUUUCCGGUGGUUGGCUCAGUAUAUUUAAUACAAUUGUAAUGCAAAACCAUUUUUUGAGUCAAUUAUAAAUAUUUAAAUCACAAAAAAUUUUUUGUUUAAAAACCGUUUUUAAAUGUGGAAAACAUUGUGCAGUCAACGGAUUGAUUACAUUUGUUUUUAGAGCAUCUUUUAUAGUGAAAUUAAUUAUUCAAUUAUUAGUCUAAUUUAAUUUGUAUUUAAUUUAAGUGACAAUUUGUUUAUUUUUUGUGGUUUCCUACCCUUUGUCGACAUUUUAUUUUUUUAAAACUUGUUUUGCUAUCAAAUUGAUUUUUUUCGAGGCCUUAAUAAUUAUACUGUAAUUAUAAUAAUAAUAAUAAAUAAUUGAAACGAAUUGCAUGUAUAAAAAGGAAAGUUUUUAUAAAUUAAAAUCUCAUUCACUGUCAGC